AACUUAAAAGAUGGCGACGAAACUGAUUAUAGACGUUGACACUGGCGUUGAUGAUUCAGAAGCAAUCAUGCUUGCUCUUUCAAGAUCUAACGUAGAGAUUUUGGCCAUCACGUGUGUAAAUGGUAAUGUUGCUAUUGACAACGUAUGUAAAAAUACUCUGAGAGUUCUGAAAGUUUGUGGUCGACUAGAUGUUCCGGUUUAUAAGGGAGCGUGUAGGUCAAUGGUAGGCACCAAAAAGCACGCAGAGGCACAUGGCGAUGACGGACAAGGUGACGUGAUGAACCCGGAACCUGUUGACAUGUCUCUAAUGCAACCAGAACAUGCAGUGAAUGCUAUCUUGAGAAUUACUGAUGAGAACCCUGGUGAAAUAACCCUGAUAGCUCUGGCGCCGUUAACAAAUGUUGCUUUGGCUUUACGUCUUGAUCCAGAUUUUGGCAGAAAAUUAAAAGAAGUAUUUAUAAUGGGAGGAAACAUUGAAGGGAGAGGAAACAAGAAUUUAGGUGCAGAAUUUAAUUUCUACGCGGACCCGGAAGCAGCAUAUAUCACAUUACAUGAGCUGAAGUGUCCAACAAACCUGUUGUCUUUGGAAGCAGCGGAGGCAAAUGGAAUAGAAUGGGAAUGGUAUGAUAGAUGGGUGAAUAUGGAUACUAGAAAGAGCCGAUUUAUCAAAGCCUUCUCCCGUAAGACAGCAGAAUUUAACAGAACACUGCUAAAGCACCCAAAAUAUUCACCAUACGAUCUACUAACAAUGGCAACUGCUAUUGACCAAACAGUUAUAACAGAGUCUGUGGACGAAUGGUGUACCGUUGAGAUUGGAGGCAAUCAUACAAGAGGUCAACUUGUUGUUGAUUGGGAAAAUAAAAUGGGAAAUAAGCUGAAUGUAAGAAUUAUCAAAAAAGUCAACACAGAUAAGACAAAAGCAUAUUUUAUGUCCAUGGCUAUGUAAGGAAUAUCAUAGAUAUAUACAUAUCGUAUAUAUUUCUUGAGAGAAAUGCCUCACAGAUGAACAUGAGAUCAGUUUUUGUACGUUUGACUCUGACUAACCUAUAGUAACAAACAAAUGCCGUUUUUUGUAUAUAUUAGGAAAACACUUACUUUAAGUAGAGCAUGAAUAGUGAAUACUUGUCGAAAUGAAACUGCGCAAUAGUUUCGAAAAUUGAAAUUCCUAAUCUAUAAUGACAAAACUUUUUUUUUUCAUGUGACACCGAAAACGGACUUAAUAUGACCUUAAACCUUAAAUCUAAUUAUAUGACAUUGUGCUUAAGUUUUUGUCUGAAGAUGUACCUUUUUUCCUUUUUCAAAUAGCAUAAUGGACCUGAUCUUUUCAUAAAUAUGAUGUAUCGUUUAUGGUGUUGUUAAACUCGUAAUAUAAAUGCCAAGGAUUGUUUUUGAAAUAUGUUGUAUAUUGGAAUAUAGUUUCCAGACAUGAAAUUUAAAAUGUAAGUGAUAUUUAUUUUGUGAUGUCAUCUUAUGAUUGUUAGUAGAUAGACAGGGUUCAUAUUGAUGUAAUAGAUUCUAAACUCAAUAAAAUCUCUCUCUCUC